AUGAGUGCUGUCCUUGACCGAGGUGCUGAAGGACACCCUGCGGCGUUCUGCUACCAGGGGAAUGGGUCUUGCCCCAGGAGGGUCCAUCCACUGGGCAUCCAGUUGGUGAUCUACCUGGCUUGUGCAGCAGGCAUGCUGAUUACAGUCCUAGGAAAUUUGUUUGUGGUGCUUGCUGUGGCCUACUUCAAGGCACUUCACACUCCCACCAACCUCUUGUUGCUUUCUCUGGCCCUGGCUGACCUGUUGCUGGGUCUGCUGGUGCUGCCCUUCAGCAUCAUUCGCUCCGUGGAGAGCUGCUGGUUCUUCGGAGACUUCCUCUGCCGCCUGCAUACCUAUCUGGACACCCUCUUCUGUCUCGCCUCCGUCUUCCAUCUCUGUUUCAUUUCCAUUGACCGCCACUGUGCCAUCUGUGAGCCUCUGCUCUACCCCUCCAAGUUCACAGUCAGGGUGGCCCUCAGGUACAUCCUGGCAGGGUGGGGGGUGCCAGCAGCUUACACUGCCUUAUUCCUCUACACAGAUGUGGUCGAGAGAGGGCUCAGCCAGUGGCUGGAAGAGAUGCCUUGUGUGGGCAGUUGCCAGCUGCUGUUCAACAAGUUUUGGGGCUGGUUAAACUUCCCUGUGUUCUUUUUCCCCUGCCUCAUCAUGAUCAGCUUGUAUGGGAAGAUCUUCCUGGUUGCUACCAGGCAGGCUCAGAAGAUCAGCACCUUGAGCAGAAGCCUGGCUGGGGCUGCCAAUCAUGAAAGAAAAGCUGCCAAGACCCUGGGCAUUGCCGUGGGCAUAUACCUCUUGUGCUGGCUUCCCUUCACCUUUGACACGAUGGUUGACAGCCUCCUUAACUUUAUCACACCACCACUGGUCUUCGACAUCUUUAGCUGGUUUGCUUACUUCAACUCAGCCUGCAACCCCAUCAUCUAUGUCUUUUCCUACUGGUGGUUCAGGAAGGCGCUCAAACUCUUCCUGAGUCGGGAGAUCUUCUCACCGCGGACACCCACUACUGAUUUGUACCAAGAAUGACUCUUUGAACUGGAUGCAGGCAACCAGUAGGGGCUUGCAGGAAGCACGAGUGAUGAUGUGGCAGGGGGCUGUGUGGUGUCACGAGUCUGUGGGCAUGCUUCCAGGGCAGCAUGCUUUAAGUGGAGAUGAAAACCAACUUCUUAAUUUGGAAAGAGAAACAGCACUGCCUUCAUUCAAUGUUUCUAUUGCAGAACGUAGGAAAAGGAGAGAGUGAAGUCAUCUGAAUAUUUAUUGGAUAAGUCAAAACUCUGUGUAAAUAUUUGGCUCCUCAUUCAUUACUUCCUUGAGACAACAAAGAUACAGAGUUGGAGGGAAAAGGGCACUGAGGUCAGGAUUUCUGAGUUCUUGUCCCAGGUCUGCCACCUGGCAGGGCCAGGUCAGACUCUGGAGAUAUUUGGAUGCCCCCUCCCCUCUUCACUGCUUCCUCACCUAGAAAAUAGGGAGUUGAUGUUGUUUGUUCUCUAAGGUGUUCAUAAGUUCAAAUAUUGUAUAAACUAACUUAGGAAACAUUGUUUGAAUCCUAAUUUCAUAUCACUUUUUAUAAUCAUGGCAACUCUGUGGAGUGUCUCUUUUUCAAAAUAUUUCUUUGGAAUAUUCCUUUGUCUCCUUGGAACCCCACUGCUAAAAAAGUUUGUAAGCCAUUGUCCAUUUCACUGAUCACCAAGUAAAUGUAUUACAUUCUUGAUGGAAUAUUUUCUUCCAUUUCUUUAAUAAUUGAAACUUGAAAAUAUAUGGAAUAUGUUGUAAAAUGAUAACAAUUCGUGUCUCACCAUUUUGA